GGGAAACUUCCCGCUUCUCGCGUUGGUCUCCAUUGUCAAUUUUCCCGACGGUUUCAAAUCCCCAGUCCUAAUAAUUUCAAAUUACGUACUUACCACAUUCAUUCAUUGCCAUUCCAUAUUUCACAUCGCUACCUUCCUCCCUCAUUUCCUCUUUCCUUCUCUCUCUCUCUCUCUCUCUCUCUCUCUCUCUCUCUCUCUCUCUUCCCCCGUCUCUCUCUUCUCGAUUUCAGAUCUGCACCCCUCUCUUUCAAGAGGAUUCACGGCAUGAAGUGGAAGAAGCUUUUGGGAAGGCAGCAGGGCAAUCAGAAAAUCCUCAGAUUGUAAUCAAGUAUCAGAAGGGAAAUUAUCACAUCAGUGCCAAAUCUUACUCAAGUGUUAUCAGAGGGACAUGUUUUAGGGGGUCCGGUACUAUAAUCAAAGGCAGAACAUAUUGCGGGCAUGGAGCAGCAAGACAGCACUGUGAUGAAUAAUUCUCCAAUUGCCAAGGAGAACGGAGAUAUGCCUAUUCAGAAGGAAGAACAUGAAAAGGAAGAUUAUACCAAGAGAAACUUGGAGAUUACUGCAUCUGAUGAAAUGGAGGGAAACACAACUGAUGUUCAGAAAGAAGACGAGGAAAAGAAAAACAUGGAGGCUUUAGCUGCUAAAAAGGAGGAGUGUACACCUAAUUCUCAGAAAGAAAAACAGGAAAAGGAACACUCCACCCCGAUUAUUGUGUCGGAUAUUUCAACUGCUGAAAAGCUGGAGGAAGCUGAUGUUGAUGUUAAAAAAGAUGAUAUAGUGGAAGAUGCUAGGGAAGUGACAUCACCUAAGUUUAGAGAGGAAGGUAAUAAGAUCUUCAAUGUAACAGAUGAAUUGGAGGACAAGAUGGAUCAAAGUAAAGAAUUGGCUUCUGGAACAGAAGAAGGAACAAAUGGGGAUCUUGAGGAUGCAAACCGUGAGGAGGCAGAACCUGUAUUUGAUGGAACAGAAGUUCCUGGGAUGGAAGCUAACAGGAGUAUGUCCACCCGUUCUUUGGAUCUUGACACAGAGACUCAAGGGUCUGUUUGGCCUGAGAAAGCAGUAGCUCUUAAGAACUUUGUGAGAGAGAAGAGUGUCGUUGCUGUCUCCAGUGUUCUUCGUCGCCUUUCAGGAAAAAGCGAUGAUGGUGGACAAGACAUUCCUGAUGAUGAGGGCAAGGAUGAAAAUUUUGAUAAAAGUACGAAAGAAGUUUCAGAUUCUUCGAAGGAAAGUGAAGCCCAAGAAGCCUCUCAGAAAACAGGAGAGAAAUCUGGGUGGAAUCCCCUUAGCCUAAUUAAGAUUUCACGUGACGGUGAUGCAGAAAAUAGGAAGGAUGAGUUAAUUGAAGAAUCGUUACAACCACUUGUAAUGAAGGGAAGAAUCCUACUUUAUACAAGGCUAGGAUGCCAGGACUCCAGAGAGGCUAGAUUAUUUUUACAUGGAAAAAAGCUGAGAUACAUUGAGAUUAACAUUGAUGUGUACCCCAGCAGAAAACUGGAGCUUGAAAAGAUUGCUGGGUCUCCUUCUGUUCCUCGAGUGUUCUUUAAUGAAAUCAAUAUUGGAGGAUUGCGUGAGCUAAAGGGUUUCGAUGAGGGUGGCAAACUCGAUGAGAAGAUCGAGUAUGUCAUUGCAGAAGUGCCUCCAUUUGAAGCUCCUUUACCCCCACUUUCUGGUGAGGAUGAUAUGUCCACUUCUGGGGCUAUAGAUGAGCUAGCUGUCAUAGUCCGAAAAAUGAAAGAAUCUAUUCCGAUUAAAGACAGGUUCUACAAAAUGCGCAGGUUCACCAACUGUUUUCUUGGUUCAGAAGCUGUGAAUUUCUUGUCGGAGGAUCAAUACUUGGAAAGGGAAGAGGCUGUAGAAUUUGGUCGGAAGCUUGGAAGCAAACUCUUCUUCCAACAUGUUCUUGAUGAGAAUGUAUUUGAAGAUGGCAACCACUUGUACCGGUUCUUGGAUCAUGAUCCUGUUGUGAUGUCUCAAUGUCACAACAUUCCAAGGGGUAUAACUGAAGUCAAGCCAAAGCCCAUAACCGAAAUUUCAUCAAGGCUUAGGUUUUUGUCUUAUGCAAUUUUUGAAGCUUACACAUCCGAAGAUGGAAAACAUGUUGAUUAUAGAAGUAUCCAUGGGAGUGAGGAAUUCGCAAGAUAUUUAAGAAUAGUUGAGGAGCUCCAGAGAGUAGAUAUGCAGGACAUGCCAAGGGAGGAGAAGCUAGCAUUUUUCAUCAAUCUCUUUAAUAUGAUGGCCAUUCAUGUGAUAUUGGUGUGGGGUCACCCUGCUGGAGCACUAGAGCGCAGGAAAUUGCUGGGGGAUUUUAAGUAUGUUAUUGGUGGGUGCACGUAUACCCUUUCAGCUAUUCAGAAUGGCAUUUUAAGGAGCAAUCAGAGACCACCGUACAAUCUCAUUAAGCCUUUUGGUGUGAAAGAUAAACGUUUUAAGGUUGCUCUUCCUUACUCAGAGCCUCUUAUCCACUUUGCCCUGGUCUGUGGAAAUCGAUCCGGGCCUGCUCUUAGAUGCUACUCACCUGGAAACAUUGAUAAAGAAUUAACGGAGGCAGCUUGUAAUUUCUUAAGGAAUGGAGGGCUCAUCGUUGAUCUAAAUGCGAAGGUUGCAUCAGUCAGUAAGAUACUAAAAUGGUACAGUAUUGACUUUGGGAAGAAUGAGGUGGAGGUAUUGAAGCACGCAGCAAACUACCUGGAACCAGACGUGUCCGAAGCAUUCCUGGAGCUGAUUGCUACCACUCAGUUGAAGGUGGUAUACCAGCCUUACGAUUGGGGUCUCAACUAUUAAGUCUCCUAUUAUAGCAUUACACAGCUUUAUACAUCUUCCAUUGGCUCUUUGGAAACACACAUGACAAAGUAGUGUUAGUCGUAAAAUAUAACUUAUUCACAUUCCCCCAAUAGCCCAACUAAAGGUAUGUGCAUUUUGAUUGCGAAUUUGUGUAAUGCUACAUGGAAUUGGUUCUUAUGGGGUAGGUUUACUACUAAAGCAAACUUUCAAGUAUUCUCAUAGACAUUCCCGGGAUUUCAAUCCAUAUAUACGAUAAUAUUGCUUUUGUU